AUGAGGAAUGGCACCAUCAUCACCGAGUUCAUCCUCCUGGGCUUCCCUGGAGUGCAAGGGCUACAAGCCCCCCUCUUCAUCGGGAUAUUUCUCGUCUACAUCUUAACCGUGGUGGGCAAUGGGCUCACCGUGGCCAUAGUCUGGGCUGAGCCCCGGCUCCACCCGAUGUACUUCUUCCUGUGCAACUUGUCCUUCCUGAAGAUACGGUACACCACCACGGUGCUCCCGGAACUUCUAGAAACAUUUGUGGUGCCCAGAGCCGUCAUCUGCAUCCGCUACUGCCUGCUGCAGGCCUUCUUCCAUUUCUUCCUGGGUACCACUGAGUUCUUCAUCCUCACGGCCAUGUCUUUCGACUGUUACCUGGCCAUCUGCAAGCCCCUCCGGUACCCCACCAUCAUGACCAGCUGCCUCUGCCUGACACUGGCCCUCAGCUCCUGGGGCAUGGGCUUCGCCAUCAUUUUCUGCCAGAUACUGCUGCUCAUGUGCUUGACCUUCUGCAGCGACAAUGUUAUCAAUCACUUCUACUGUGACAUGGGUCCCAUCCUGAGCGCAGCCUGCAUGGACACUGCUCUGGAGCUGCUGGGUCUCUUGGUGGCCGUACUGGUGAUCCCAGGCUCCCUCCUCUUCACGGUGGUUUCUUACCUCUCCAUCCUGUCCACCAUCCUACGAAUCCCAUCGGCCAGCGGCUGCCACAAAGCCUUCUCCACCUGCACCUCGCACCUGACCAUGGUGUCCCUGUUCUACGGGGCCGUGCUGUUCAUGUACCUGUGGUCCAUGACACACUCCUCCUUCCAGAUGAGUAAGGUGGUGUCGGUGCUGAACACCAUCAUCACAACCCUGCUGAACCCCUUCAUCAACACCAUCAGGAACAAGAAGGUGAAGGGCGCCCUGCGGAAGGCAGUGGCCUGUCCAAAGACGUGCCCCCUGGAGUGA